CUGUUGAAUAGUUGGUUGAAAGACAUGAAGGUGCGGAGUGCAUCGCUUACGUUAUCGUGGUUCGUUCGCGUAUACCAUCAACAUCAAAACAACUGCUAAACAAAUGACAUUUUUGAAAGUUUGUACCCUUUUUUGACAAACAGUCGAUGCUUUUAUGUGAUUUUUGAAGUUUAAACAAACUGACUUGGUGAUUUUGUUGUGAAUAGUGAGUUAUUUUGUGAUAUUUGUCCACUCUCCUAGGAUAUUUUAUCUGCUACAUAUUCAAAGGUCGUGCACCUAGAUGCUGUUGUGGCAUUUGGGCACAGAAUUCUUCAAUAUGAAAUAACCUAGUCACUCCAACUAUCUACUUUUCCAAACAAGUGCCAUAUAGCUGUUAUUCCUCUACAUUUAAAAAUAUGCCAGAAAAGUAAAUGAACCAAUGGCCCUCAAAUUGCGCAAGGACGUAAAAAAGUCGAGUUACUAUGUCUGGUUUCUCGGAGCAAAAGAAUCGAAGGGUCUAAGAGGUACUGAGUUUAUCGUGCCGGUUAUAAAGCAUUUGGAGGAUCGGGAAAAAGAUAUAGAACCUUUCAAAGUAACAUUGCAAGUGUCUCACAAAGGACUGAAAAUUAUUCAAAACGUUGUUUCGCAAAACCAAAAAAGCUCAAAACCUAAACACGAAACCAUCAAACAUUUUAUACCACACAACACUAUCACUUGCGUUUUUCAAAAGGACGAUGUCAUAGCUUGCAUUCUAUUACUCUUCAAUCCCGUCACAAAAUGUCCACUGCACGUUCAUGCCUAUAGAUGUGAUAGCCUAGAAACUGCUAGUUUGUUAAAAAAUCAGCUGCAAACUCUGAUCGAGCGACCCGAGAACCAGAAGAAGUUUGCUGAAAUAGAGGGUAGACUGAAACCCCAAAAGGAGUUGAAGAAAGUUGAUAGUAGUAUCGGGAGUGACACAGGUACUAGCACGAGGGAGAGCGAGAGCAGUGAGGAAAGGUAUGUUGGCGAAACAACUCGAGUAACAACCCUCUACGAUUCAGUAGCGGCCGAAUUACGAGCAAAGCUUGGCAAAAAGAGUUCUCCUAUUCUUUUGCCCCCUCGCGAUUACGACACCGUCCAUAGAACAAAAGGCAACCUGACUGGAAUCGAAUUACGACGAUGCCUUAAUGCCAACAUCGUAGGUCCAAAUGUUAAAGGAAGGAGAAUAGAAAGUAGCGGUGGCAGUUCUGGAAUCGGCUCGGAUCAUCCUCCCAGUCCAGAAAGUCCCGAAGCUCCUGACUCCAGGUUUAACACUUUGGAUAACCAGAGUACUAGUGAUGAAGAUUGGAAUGGAGACCCUGCAGAGUCUACGAUAUACUUAAUGCAUCAACCUGCUCAAAUAAUCAAAACCAGAGACAAAUCACCAGAAGCUAAUCCAAGAUUUUCCAGAUAUGCCGAACCACAAUCACCAAUAGAAAAAGUAAAUUAUCGACCGAACAAAAAUAUAAGAGACGAGACUCAAAAAUAUCUGGAGAGGCCUGUCUCUAAAUUUACCGAAAAAAAUUUCAUUCAACGACAGAAGAGCCCUGAGAAUAAAAAUUACGAAAAGAAGUAUGUCGACAGACAAAAGAGUUUGGAAAAGGAUAGGCACACGAAAGAUAUAGAUAAGAAUGACAAUUAUAGAGACAAUAGAUAUUAUUAUCAUGAAGAAGAUGAUAGAGAGAAAUACUAUGCUUCUGAAAGGUACCACGAGAAAGAAAAAUCAGUUAAUGAGAUCUCUAACAAAAUGGAAAAGGCCCAAAUGUACUUUGAUGACGAUGGUUUUGAUGAAAAUAUAAGAUACCGCCAAAAACCAGACUAUGAUAAGGAACGAUCCCGAUUCACCUAUGAAGAAGAGGAGUAUUUUAAAAACAAACAACAGCCUAUGCCUAAAGUACGUCAACGUUAUCCUUCGGAGGACUCAAAAUUUUACAAAGAAGCCUUUAGACAUGACAACAAUGGACCGAAAAGUCCCUCUAGAAGUUCUCCGGAUAACUCUAGGUAUUAUUCUGAACCCGAAAUAAAACCUAGAUCCAUGCCAAGGCCAACGCAAAAAGAUAAUUAUUCAAAAUCACAGCCUAGAAGUGACAGAGAAGAGAAAUCGUUAAAAUCACAAGAUUACUACGACGAUCGCGACGGUAGAAAAAAUUGCCAGAUCAGAUCGGGUACCCCUAGUUCCGAUGAUAUUAAAGCGCCCAGCGAUAGAUUUAAGAAUGCGAAAGAGAAAUUUAUGUUAAUGGAAAGGGAAAGAUUGGAGCACGAGAAAAGAAGACCAGAACCGCCUAUUUCUCCGACGAAUGUUAAAGAUAAGCCAUUUGCGAAGCGGUAUAAUGAUGUUGGGUACCCAAAUGGACGAGAAAGAUAUUACAACGAACGUAGAGAGCACCAUUUUGAAGAAGCCAAACCGACGCCAUUAUCCAGGCACGUUCCAGAGGAGGUCCGAUACAGGGAAAGAAACAGAGACGUCCAUUGCGAUAUGAGGGAGCGAGGACGAGAUUCUCCAUUGGUUAGAUACCGCCAACACGACAAGUACGAUCCUAAACGCAAAUCCAUGUUUUCUCUCAUCGAAGAAGACCACAGACAAAAAUCAAACGAAAUAGCGAAAGAGCUAAAGAGACGGUCUUAUAUGGAUGGAGGAAACUACGAGGAUGACGUAGAUAUAAUACACAAUGACAGAGAUAGAUACUAUCAAGAACUACCAGAAUCAGAGAGGUUUAUUGAAAACUAUUCAAAGUCUAGCGUAGAAAUAGAUAAGGUUGGCGAGAUGAAAUACGAUCAAAAGUUUAUAAAAAAUCAGAAACAAAGCAAAAACUCAGCAGGUUAUAGGCACAGCUACGCAGAACCUAAAUUAAGAAUGGAGAAGGACCUUAGGAAAAAUUUAUCAGAAAUGUUACAUAGAACGAAUAGUUCGGUUGGUAAUAAUGGUAGAGUAGGUAUAGCAAGCGUACAUCCUUAUUAAUAGAUUUUUAAGUAAUCAACUUGUAUUUUACUAAGAUGUAUUGGAGGAUUUGAUUUGGUUAAUGAGUGUGUGUACUUUAUUUAUCUGUGUGUUAUGCAACUUAAAAAUCAGUCGAGCUUUUCUGGUAAAUACAAAAAUUUGUGUCAGUUAUACCAACGAAUAUAGGACGCAUAAACGAGUAAAAGCACAUUUUAAGGCAAUUUUUUGGUAUAUGUCAUGCGGGAACAUUUUACAUUUUUACUUCUGUUCCCUCAACAAUCAGGGAACACUCAAGUGACCCCGUAUCACCGCCACACCGUCCCUCGUCAUCAACUUUUUCUGAAAUAUGAAAGAGUAGGUCUGGUAACGCAUUGCCUUAAAUUUUUUGCAUUUUAUAAAAUUCGAGAGAUCAAAUCCUACUCAUGUACCAUAUUUUUUGUACAAAAUAAGAUAUUUUUUUACUUUUGAAUACUUUUUAAUAAAUGAAUCUUUAAGAACUAUAAAUAUGUUUACCUACUGACCGUAACCAUUUCUUCCAUUUGAAAUGACCUUCUAUAUCCGUCUAUAUUCUUUGGUCAUACGACACUAUGACCAGUAUGUUUUAAUAAACAGUAAUGCCAAGAAAGUUGAAACGACAUUUCUUUUAAUUUGAAAAGUCAAACUUCUAAACUGAAUUCUGAAAAAAAAAAGCUAGUUCAAGAAAUGCAAAAGCAUGUAGGCCAAAUAUAAUACAUGGUAAGCUCGACUGACUUGAGUAACUAAUUUGGCUCUAAAAAACAGGUAAAGUCUACGCGAUAGACAUCUAUGGAAUCAACUUGUACUGCAUUUUAGGUUAUUUCAAUAAAGUUAAUAUAAAGUAAACAAAACAUUGAAGAUUUUAUAGCGGUACUUAGAGUAAUAAACUGGUUGUAUUCAGCUAUACAUUUCUGAAGUUUCUACCUGUUUGUCCCAACGAAUUGUGGUCUUUUGAUAUGUGAUCGACAUUUUUUUUCGCUUUUUCGGCCUUUCUAUAACGAUUUCUACGAGAAAUAUUCUACUGUGGAACCACACCAUUGUCUAAUAUUGCUCAGCUAUGAAAGAUUCUUUCGACCAAUUCAUCUCUUUCCCUCCACUUUUCCUUGUAUUAUAAGUAGAUGUAGAUGGUAUUUAGGUCCUCUAAGUAUUUUUGUGUUUCUCUAUAUGAUGUUUAUGAGCAGCCGUUCUGGAUUCAUAAUUUUAAGAAAAUCGUCAUUUUGGAAGUGUGCGACACCCAUGAUAUUUUUAGGAUCCUUCAAUCGCACCACAAUUCAAAUGCUUCUAAUCUGUUAAGAAUUGUGGUUUUUUGUCUAUCACUCACAAAAAUAUAAUAGUAUAAAUGUAAAGACUGAAAUAGUUUCGUACACACUUAUGACAACAGGUAAAAGGGGGAGAAGUGUACUUUUGAAGUGUGUAAAAUUAAUAAUUCUUAGCUGAGCGCUUUCGGCUUAUAAAGCCAUCUUCGGAGCUAUGCUACAAUAAAAGAUCUCUAAUGAAUAAUUGAUCUUAGAAUUCAAAGUUUAACUUACGUCAAAAAGGUCAAAAUACCACUAUGAACAGAAGUAUUUCAUAUCAUAAAUGGAACCCAUCUCUCUUCAUAGUGGUAUUUUGACCUUUUUGACGUAAGUUAAACUUUGAAUUCUAAGAUCAAUUAUUCAUUGGAGAUCUUUUAUUGUAGCAUAGCUCCGAAGAUGGCUUUAUAAGCCGAAAGCGCUCAGCUAAGAAUUAUUAAUUUUACACACUUCAAAAGUACACUUCUCCCCCUUUUACCUGUUAUAAUAGUAUAGACCACAUAUAAAAUUUCAGGGCUAUCUUGCGAAUAUGCAUCGACAGGUUUCUGUUAGGUACAUAAGACUGGUUUCCAGGUCAUAAAAACCUUACGUGCUAUUUUGAUCCUGGUUAUUAUCUCUUUAUCAGAAUCACAAUUUACAUUCAAGCAACUUAUAAGACAUUUAAAAUAGCUUACACGUUCUAUCUCCUCUCCAUUAAGAGAAAGCAGACCUUGAUUUAAUGCCAGCAGGUUUUGUUAAUAUUCUGCAAGAACGGUUGUAUCGUCAGCAUAUGUAUUAUUGUUGAUUACUCCUCCGCCUAGUGUUACUCCCCCUUGUCUGUAAACGAAAAACCCCUCUAAUAGUCCAGGAACCAAAACUUUUUUCCUCGCAAUUUUUACAGAAUAGAUCAAUUUGAGAAUAAGUAGUGGAUAGUCCAAGGAUCAAAAUCUAUAUCAUGCGAAAAGGCGCUUUUACCAUGGGGGUCGUUGCCACCUCAUCUCGGGGGUGGAAAUUUUUUAUUAUAUUUUCACCGCAAAAGUUAAUAAAAACAUUCAUUCUAAGCAAAAAAUGUUCUAUACAUUUUUGAAGUUAUACUUCUUUACCGGCGAUAGAGGGUGAUUUUUUUAUAUGUUAAAACCUAUCAGCCCGGCGCAUGCGCAUUAUAACUUUGUUCUGAUUGGAUGUUCAAAUGACAUGUCAAAAAUUAUCCGAUAUGGCAGCUGUGGUUUGGAGGUAAAGGUAAAGGUAAACAAAUGUAUAAUAUAUUAGUUUUAUUGUUGUGAGGACAGAAACAAAAAAGUUUAUAAUAUUGUAGUGACUUUUAAAUAGUUUUUAAAAGCAACAGGUACGUAAUAAUUGUUAAUGUAUCAUGGGUAUAAACCUACCUAUUUGAUCUGCCAAAAUACAUAGUAUGUAAUACUUUUAUUUAUAUAAUUUGAUUACCAUCAAAAUUUCUAUCAAUAUUCACCUAAUAUAUUGAUUUUUUACUCUA